AUGGCUACUGUGAUAAUAUGCCGAAGAUUUCCAAGCAAGAUCUGCAGGAUAUCUACAUUCUCAACCACAGCUGAGAACCAAACCAGGGACAAAUGGCCCACUCAGACCCCACAGGAUUGUGUUCAGAACCCUGAAGAGAUCAACGUUAAACCCAAAGCUUCUGCCACUCUAAAACUCUUGACUCCUCCAGGUUACCAAGUAUUGUACAAUCCUUUCGCUUAUACUGGUACUAAAAGAGUGGCCUAUAGGAACAGAGAUAGCAGCACAAGACAUGGUGAACAAGAUCCUCCAGAAAAGGACAGUACCAACAUUACUGAAAAACAAAUCCAGAAUACUUAUUGUGUCCCUUCUUCUCGAAUAAUGCCAACGAUCAAAAAUGCUUUCUUGGAUUUGGAGACCAGUGAGCCUUCGGUUCCUCAGCCUAGUGUGGUACAUCCUGGCAGCCUGGAGGUUAUGAAAGAUGAUGAUCAAGAAGUUGGUGUAGAAACUUUUGACUCCUUCGAAGACCCUAGAGUUUUCCUCAAGCUCAGACCUGAGUACCAGCAUCACAGUUAUAAUACAUCUGAGGCUGGGCAGGUCCUGUCCAUUAAAGAGGGUGAACUGAUUUUGCACAAAGUGACAGUAUUGCGAAGUAAUCUUCAGCCCCAAACCAUCACUGACUAUUUUGGCAAAUUGAGCUCUUUGCCCUUGGAGCAGCAUUCUGCACUCUUGUCCAAUAUCAAGUUUACAAUACUGUGCCGUUUAAGCCUGAAUAACAUAAAACUCUUUGAUACUUUGGACCUAAUAGGUAUUUUGAAAGCAUUUGUUCGAUUGAGGAUUCCUUAUUCCCACCCAAUACUAGCUAAAUAUGAAGGAGAAUUUUGUCGUCGGGUAUGGGAUAUGAACCUAAAUGAGCUUUUAUUGGUGGCUGACCUGUGGCGGUGCUUAGGCUACAAUGUACCAUGCUUUUUAAAGAUAUUUUACAGUUACCUUAACUUGCAUUGGAAAGAUCUGUCCUUGUCCCAGCUGGUACACUUAAUUUAUAUUAUUGGUGAAGGUCGGCAAGUGCCCCAGGAUUUAAUGCAGAAACUAGAAUCUUUGGUUCUCAAGUAUUUGGAUUCACUUAGUUUAGAAGAGGCUGGCACAGUCUGUUUAGGAUUCUUCAAAUCGAGUAGCAGCCUUUCUGAGUAUGUCAUGCGCAAAAUUGGGGAUAAAGUUUGUGCUCAGAUGGAACAUUUGAGCAACUAUGCCCUAGUGAAUAUACUUAAAAUGUUUCGAUUUACUCAUGUUGAUCACCUAGAUUUCAUGAAGCAGUUUGGACAGAUUGCCCCUCAGCGUAUCCCUUCUAUGGGGGUCCAGGGUGUCAUGCACUUAACUCUAGCCUGCUCAGCUUUACGCUUUCUGGAUGAAAGAUUCCUGAAUGCUGUAGCUGCUUCAUUGCCUCCCAGGAUGGCAUAUUGUCGGAGCAAAGAUGUGGCCAAAAUUUUGUGGUCUUUUGGAACUUUGAAUUAUGAGCCACCUAAUGUAGAAGAAUUUUAUUCUAGUCUGAUAGUUGAGAUUCACAGAAAGAUGCCCGAGUUCAGAAAGUUCCCUGACCACUUGUUCACCAGUUUGCUAGGCUUGGCAUUUGCUGAACGCUUUCCACUAGAUCUUCUUAAUUUUGCCUUAAGUCCAGAAUUUGUCAGGCUAGCUCAGGAGAGAAGUAAGUUUGAGCUCACCAAAGAAUUGUUCACGCUUGAUGGUGCUGUGGGGAUUGAGUGCCCAGAUUACAGAGGCAAUCGUCUUAAUGCUGAGCUACGGCAAGAGGGGGCAGGACUUCUCUGGAAUUUAGCAAGACAAGAUAUGACCUCCAAACCAGAAUUCCUAGAAGCUUUCUCUUUACUUCAGAUUAUUUUAGGUGGUCCUCAGUAUAUCAAACAUCAUAUGAUUUUGCCUCAUACACGAUCAUCUGAUUUAGAAGUUCAUCUUGAUGUCAAUAAUAAACCACUCCCUUUUAACCAAGAAGUCAUACUGACCGAUAUGACUGACACUCACCUGAAACAUAUGGGAGUUAGUCUUACAGAUGAUUUGAUGACUCGGCUGUUAAAGGGAAAAUCAAACAGACAUCAUCAGGCUAAGGCAGAGGCCAAUGAGAAACCAGGAGCGGUAGAGAAGAAGCUACUGCCUUUAGCUGGCUGUUUGCCCAGUGUUGGAACCUCAGAAGUGGCCAGCUUGUGUUCCUUAACAGGUCCACAGGCAGGAGUAUCAAAGUUGGCCAUUCAGGUAACAAAUAGGAACCAGUAUUGCUUUGGUACCAGGCACCUGCUGGGGCUGCAUAACAUGAAGAGAAGGCAGCUAAAAAGGAUGGGCUACACUGUGGUGGAGCUGGCCUUCUGGGAAUGGUUUCCUUUAUUCAGACGGACACGUUCAGAAAAGCUUUCCUAUCUCCAUGAGAAAGUAUUCAAUUCUGGCUUAUGAAGCAUCAGGGGAUAAACCCAUUGUCCUCCCAUGCCAGUUAAUAAGGAGCACACUGUCCUUAGCACUUUGGAAUGAUUGUUGGAGCCAAAGUGGAAAUGAGGCAUUAUAGAAAACCAAGUAGCUUAUAGCAAAGAAGAAAUAAUGGACUACACUAUCCAUGUUAACUUCCCUUAAAAAGGCUAGGAAAACAUGGUAACCAGAGUUAGUAUGAUACUAUCUGAUUACAAGAGUGGAUGCUUGCUUGAUGAUGUUACUAUUACAUAAAUAAAUGAUUUGAAGUUA